AUGCAACUUUGUUUCAUACGGCGUGCGAUGUUGCUUAUAGCUUUCGUUUGUGCGCAAGUCGCAUUAGGGGCAGUUUUGCCACGAUGGAAGCCAAUGUCUGUGGACGAAUAUUUUCAAAAGAUGGAACUCGGGACCGUGGAUCAUAAAGCAAACGCCAAACAACUGGGCAAGAUGUACACCAUCGACAGAAACACACUUGCACAUCUACUUCAUAUCGAAGCGUCACUAAAAUGUAAAGAGGAUCAGAUACCAAUUUUUCCAGAAGGAUGGAAAGGACCUGACAAAACAACAGCAUUACAACAAAGGUUCGGAUUCUAUGGCAUGAUGUUUGGCACGUAUGAAGUGAGGGGUGAUGGAAAGUGCCUGUUCCGUACUAUCUCGGAGGCGUUCAGAUUGGGAGGAAUGACCGUUGAAAAAGCAAAAAAACUAGUACCACCAAAUACUGAAAAACAACUGGCAGAAAUGGUCAAAGCUUAUCAACCAGAAGGUGAAUAUUAUUCAUACACAGAUCUGAUGAAAUUCUCAUUGGCCUCAAUACUGGGAGUAGAUUCAGACAGCCAGGAAUCCAUUAAUAACUUCGAUCCAGAAAAAUUCAAAGCAAACAUGGAUGUUAUAAAGGAGUUCAUAGAGGUGUACCAAGCGGCAGGAGAUAAUGAAAACCUAUUGGAUCUAUUUCAAGAUGUUAAUUUUACGGAAAAAAGAGCCGAACUGAAUGAUACAAAUGCUCUAGAAAUUGCUGUAGAAAUACAUAAAAAGCUGAAAAAAAGGCAACAAGAUGUAAUGGGGAGCAACUUGGACAUCAACUCGCUGCAAAACCUGUUCCACUAUGCGGGAAUGGCACACUUCAAAGUCGCAGGACUAGUAGACGGCUGCAAUCUAAAGCGUACCGACAAGGCUGUGCCCAGACCAAUAAUAAUGGCACAAGACGUGCCAUUACCUUUAGCAAUAUUAGCAGCAGAUAAUUGA